UGAUUAACCUUAAGUGUUGCCAAAGAGAUCCUCAUAUCAAGUAUAUAAGUGUACAAAGUUUAUAGUAUUUUGACACCGUUAAUGGCAAAUACGCGUCGAGUCAAUAUUUCCUUCAUGCCUUCGACCUUAUAUUGACAGCAAAAGGUGAAAAUGAGAAGCGAUAGAUGAAGUAUACAUUUGAACUCUUUUUCUUUUAAAAGAUGCAUUCUUUAAUCUUAGGUGAUUGACUUACUGUAAAAAUACUGGUUUUGUGACAGAGUUUCCUCAUUUGGCAACAAUGAUUCGUUAUGGAGAAAUAUUUGCAAACGCAUCUAGCAGUUUUCUACAUUGAAGUCGCGUGCAUUAAUUCAUUGCUCUUUACAAAAUUAAUUUCCAAUUCAGUCACGGUUGCUGAUAGUUGGCCAAUAACAAUUCUGUCGUAUUGUAAACAACGCACGCAAUAUAUAAGUAGGUCAUGGUAGUUGUCCGUUAUUUAUAUGCCGUUGCCUGCAUGUUCAUUUUUAAACUGGUCGGGCAUAAGCUUCCAUUCAUCUCUGGUUAUUUUUAUCGUGGACUAGUAAUAUAAAAGAUGUUUUCAGCACUUGUAAACAAACUAAUUUUGGCAUCAAAACAAAUCCUCCAUUGUAAAUAUAGUGGACUUCUGCAGCGCGUAGCAAAUAUUCAGUUGUGGUGAGUAAUCGUAUUAGAUUAAUUCUUUCUGUCAAAAAGUCAAUAAUCCAAUGACAGUAAAUAACUUGAGAACACUUCUGGAUUACAAUGUCAGUGUUUGACGAUUUCAGAACGUGAGAUGUCGAUGUCGACUUCCAAGAGUUACCCGUCCAAUUAACUUACCUCAAGCAUUAUUAAAACACUCUAAUGGGCCACAGAUUGCUGAGUCAUUUGUGGUUGUAGACGUGCUUUUGGAAUUUCCUCUUACAGUUUAUUUGUUUAACCAGCUCAAUAUAAUUGCGCUCUGUUUACCGGGAUAAUUCUCGUUCUUCCUAAUUGGCAAGUUCUUCUAACAGUUGUUCUAAACUAUAUCUAAUGUAGGAUCUAAUCAUUUUUUUAAACUGAAAGAUGUCCGCAGCAAAAACGUUUUGCUUAUUACAUGUUAAGUAACAGACCUCUUUUAUAUAAAGUUUUAGUUGUGCAUAUUUCACUUUAGCCUCUCUACCGCCACUAACUAGCCGCCCCCCAGUUUUAUUUCCACUGUUGUCCUCAUUCUAAUUUGAUUGCCAACGCGUAAGGAUUUGUCGAUAAAGAUCGAUGAAAUCGGUAGGUAUCAGACACCCCUAUAACUUGCAAACACCAGUCUCAUUUCACUACUGCGCGGAAUGAUGAGCAUCGUCUGUUCCGUUCAUUAACGUCCUUGAAGGGCGAGGACAUCCCGAAAGUGGGCAUAGCAGCGUGUGCGCUUAGAUAAUAAGGCGCAAACUGACUGUUAACCUAGCUUUAACCCAAAUCCCCUUUCUGUGUCUGGAAUAGAUGCGAUUGCCGUGCGCCGUGUGGCUAGCGACGACGAGAUACGUAAGAAAUAGCAAGAAAAUUCUCUGUUAAACUGUACCUGCGACGAGCCCAAAGGGAAAAGGGGCCCUAGGCGCCUGUUACACACUAUGCGUUUUCCAGGUAGUCAUCACGAAUAACCAGAGCUAUCAGUCUCUUCGUCGUGGUAAGACGUUCUAGGCUAACAUCUGCUAGCAACACCGCAACAAAGAAAAAUUUGGGAUAAAGAGAAAAUUGUAACAGCUAUCGUCAAUGAUGGCAAUGGCGUUCUAAUUACGAAAAGAAAGUUCUACGAAAAAAGUUCAGCUGGACAAAAGUUUUUCAGGCGCUCAUGUAGAUCAGCCAUUAGGCGUCACUUAAGCUGACGAGUGCGUUCCUUGAUGCAGUACCAUAAACGGCAUUUGCGAUGAGUGGCACAAAGGCUAGUCCGAGCAGUUUUGUGGUCUCGAUCUCACCACGGAGUGGCGAAGACGUCUCGACCGUGCUCUCAAGCUUGUUUGAAAAUGCGACAACGAUACCUACCAUGAAUGCUCCAUCGGGAACGUUCGCGGAAGUGUACGAAAAGCUCUUACCAGUUUUGUUACAGUGUUUCGUCAUCGUAACGCUGGGAUAUGUUUCGGGUCGUAGUCGGCUCGUGCCACAAUCGGAGACUAAGGGUCUUCAGAUGACGGUGUCAUACUUCUUUCUGCCAGCGCUGGUGUUCCGCUCAUUGGCGACCAUCGAUCUAUAUAUGGUUAACCUGAAGUUCUUAGCGUCCAUUUUUAUCGGAAAAAUGAUCAUCUUUGUAUCAACGGGUCUGCUCACAUGGUUGCUCAAGCGCGAGAAUCGAGCGAGCUUUGCGGGCCUAUUUGCAAUUUUCUGCAGUCAGUCAAAUGAUUUUGCUCUAGGCUAUCCUCUCGUAAGUUAUCUGUACGAGAAGGACCACCCUGAGUUUUCCCAUUACCUUUACCUAAUUGCGCCAAUUCAGCUAAUGAUCUUAAAUCCAAUUGGCUUCAUUCUUAUGGAGUACGGCCGUAUUUCAAAUGAUCAACGGCCAGUGCAGUGUCAACCGAGACCUUCAUCUCAUCUUCGAAGAACGAUGAUGGGUGUCCUCAAGAACCCAAUCAUUGUAAUGACUGCUGCGGGUAUUGCGGCCAAUUUUGCGUUUCAACGAAAGCUACCUCUCGUGAUCGCAACUAUUGUGGAGCCCCUUGGUGCCGGAUUUACGGCGUGCGCUCUGUUUCUACUUGGACAGAACAUGGUGGGCGGGUUUGAUACUAUGUGUAAGUACACCCUUCUAAUAACGACGUUGCUAGUCUGUGUUAAAGUACUAGCUGCGCCUAUUAUUAUUCGAGAGGUGAUAUCGCAUAUCGGCAUUCCGGACAACGCGUACACGGAUUUCGGCUUUCUGUAUGGCAUGUUGCCACCGGCUCCAACCGUGGCGAUAUUCGCGACUCAGUUUUGCCUGCCUAAGGACGCGGUGUCAGCUGGUGUGGUCUUGGGCACGUUCGUCUCAGCGCCACUAAUAUUCAUUACGGCCACAAUGAGUAAGAUUAGUGAUAAUCCCUCGUAUCAACAAACACUGAGCACGGCCAUAUCAUGCACGAGCCUUGUGGCGCUCCCAUUUUGUCUGUGGACCAUGUUUGUACUACUGCCGAAGCGUAAACGUGUGACACAUUCAUCGACAAUGUGGCUUUUGGCGGCGCAGACUUUCACUUCACUCGGAGGUUUGAUGCUGUUUUGGAUGAGCGAAGAUAGAAAUGUGCUCUUUCACAUACAUACCGCGGUGUCGAUGAGUGGUAUCUUCGCUAGUCGUAUCUGGACUGCGGUUAUCGCAGUUGUUCUCAUGCUAUCUCACCAGCGUAGCCUAUGUUACGUGUUGAAAAUCCGAAGCACUCUAAUCUUUGCAGGUUUUGCGGCAUCGCUGAUAGGAACCCUCAUAUUAAUUGCGGGGAUUCCGUUCGGUAGCCACCAGCCCCUCGUCCACGACCCGAACUUCCAUUUGGGCAGACUUCAGGCCGCUGUGGCUCUAAUAGUUCUCUUGGUAUCCUUCCUAUUAAGUCUGUACGGCCUGGUACGCCAGCAGAGGUUCCGGUCGCGUGACGAAUAUAGGCCAAUACUCUUCCCUGACGAUGGAGAGAACAACAGCACAACAACCGUGAGAAACCUUUCGCCAUCAUCCGGCAAACUACCACGAGUGUCAUCGCUCAGCGCUUCGACAAACGCUCUUCGAACAUCGACAAACUUGUGCGCCAAUUGUUUAUGCUUAAAAGACAGCAAGCAACCGAACAGCGGUCAAGAUCUGGUACUCGACUUAGAAGACAUCGGGAAGCCAAAGUUUAUCAAACGAAAGGUGCCCCGCGUACGCCGUCUCAGCGAGAAGCAGGCAGGUGCAAAUGGAGAAAUAAUAUCGGAAGAGCUAAUUGCAUCAGGCAGUAGGUUCAAUCCAUUACACUGUGGACCCACCUACCACUGUACAGUUAUUGAACGUAAAGCAUGCGUGUCGACAGUGAAAGCGUAUCUCAACCAGGUCUAUAAGGGAGAGGAAGUUACCGAGCCCGAGGUUGAUCUUCAUCAAUCAUUCAGACACGUAUGUCUCCUAAUAAUGUUGCUGUUUUCGAUGCUUAUUGGUAUUGCAGUAUGUCUUUGGCAGCUUCUGAUCGAAAGGCCUAGCGGGAUACUGCUAGAGCUCGAAUUUCUCGACAUUGUUUUUAACUAUGGCCAAGGCAUUCUGACGUUCAUCGUAUUUGGCGCAGACGCCUCCUGCGUCCUGUUUCCGUUCCUUGGCAUUCUCGAUGUUUUCUUUUGUCGAGGUGUCGAUCUACCGGCAUUCUGUGAACUUUCUGUUGAAGUCAAACAACAGUGCGAACAAUUCCGCAUCUAUCAUAUGGACAUCUGUGCGAGUGAUAUCUGUCCCGAUAUAGACGUCGAGAGCGUGGUGUUUUCCGGACAGCAGAUGUGCGACUGGUUGUGCCUUGUCGGGCUGGCGCGCACUCGAGACGAUGCUGUUUCAUACGGGCGAGCGUUGCUUGAAGGUCGUACAAUCGCGCACGUCGCGAACGCGAAACACUUUGAAGACGAUGUGCACAUGUACCGUUUUAUUAGUUACCCGCCCUGCGCGGCUAUGGUAAUUAAUUCUUAGAGGGUUGACCCUGUUGUCCGAGAUUUUCCCAACUUUUCGGCGACUCAAAUCGAACCUAACGCGAUACUCAAUACCCUUUGUGACGAAAAAUGUCGCUGUUCAAUAUCAGUGCAAUUAUGUGCGUAAGAUUGCGUCAAAAGGGAAAUCCGCUAAAGAUGGAUAAUCGAAAGGCCAAAGUCUGAAACACGGAAGCUAUUAACUUAAAUUAAAAAUGGACAGUCGCGAAGUUCAACAAAGAACAAACUAUGUUUUCAACUGUUGGACUCGAGCUUAGCGUUGACCUGUCUAUUGAACCAUCCACGAGUAAAUGAAAGAUCUGACUUAUCAUUAGUACUAUUAAUUAAAUAUAUAUGUCCGCACUUCGAACAUAUUCGAAAUGAGUGACAACGUGACUGACAGUGAGAAAGUGUAAAUAUUAUGUGUAUAAUGUAAAUUAAGUGCUUAGUAAAUGUUGUGAUCUAAAACAGACAAGUGGAGUGCUCGUUUUUCUCAAAAAGAUUUAUGCAGCUAAAAUAAAUAAGCGUCUAAAAUAGUGAUUUUUGCCUUGAUAUAAGAAGUCCAAUUAUGUUUCCGUUUAACGACAAGUAUGAGUUAUAACUGGGGUAAAAGGGACCAUUUAAAAACAAUAUUAAGUUAGGCUAUCAUAAAUAUGUACCUAAUACAAAACGAAAAAUAAUUGACACGAUUAUAAAAUUCCCGAAAUAAGAUAAACGGUUCGAAGGUUUCAUCUUGAAUAUGCAAGUUAGCAAUGCGCUGACUACAAUAGAGCCACGAUAUCGGCACGAUGAUCUAACAAAAAACAACUGAAUGUGUCGAAAUUGUUUUUGCAGUUGUUCGAGUCGCAUAAGCGUCUACAGGAAGAUAGUUCAAGUUGUCAAUUCUUUCAUUAUCACUAUUGUUUGUAGUAGGUGAAAAGUAUUGACUACGAAGUUAGAAAGUUGCCUAAGCAGUAUAUUCACUAUAACAGAUGCCCUUUCUGAAUACUUUUAAAAUAAGUUCAGUCUAGAGAUUAGUAACACAUACCUUUUUUGUAUAAUGUUCAUGUGUAGAUGUAGUGAUAUAUGUAAAAAAAAACUACACACACAAAAUAAAAGUCUUUGGCAGCGGUGGGAUUCGAACCCACGCCCCCGAAGAGACUGGUGCCUUAAACCAGCGCCUUAGACCGCUCGGCCACGCUACCGUUGGGAAGUGCACCGCUACAAUCAAUU